AUGCCACGAAAGGAAUUCUUGCGAGAUCUCGCAGAUGCGGCAGUUCCUGGCCGAUUCCCCUGUAUCUCCGAUGUCAGAACAGGGGACUAUGAUGGAUCAAUUUCCUUCACAUUCGCAGCACCUGGGGCAGGCCCCACCCUUGACCUCCAGGCUAUAGUUUCAGACUCUCACGAUUAUCCCAAGGAGCAUGGGUUCCUAGCCUUCUCGUCGUCCGAGGACUGUCCCAAGACAGUCACCUCCUCUCUGGAAAACGCAGUGCCCUGUUUCACAAGUCUAACCAUCAACGACUUGCUAAGCAAAAUUGAGAGUAUCAUCACCAACUCUAUUGUUGACCCUGAUUCGACAUCCAGUCACCCAGAAGAUACAGGCACUCAGGACCCCAACGACGAUGAGUCGGCUGCCAGUGAUACCGAGCCUGACUGGGAGUCUGAUGAUGAAAACAUAAUUUUUAACUCCACUCAAAGUGAUCCUGGGUUACGAGAGAAGAUUCGCCGUGACCUUCGUGCGGUCAAGAACGCUGGGUUCAAAGUGGGAUACCUGGGCUCAAAAUAUGGAACCAUCAUUGUGUCGGUAUCUUGCCGCAUUUCCAAGCUUGGCAUUUCUGAGGAAGCUAUGAAUGCCUGGAGCGUCGAAUCUUCAGAGUAUUUGGUUUUACUGAUUCGUUAUCGACCAACCUACUUUGAUCUCCACACAAUUAUUGAGACAGCAGGUGAUCCAAAGAGCUCACCGAUUCAGAUGCAUGUUGGCCUCUGUAAUUCAUACAAGCCAUCCUUAGAGCACGCCAUGGAAGCUUUACAGGGACCACCGGAUCAACAGACGAAAGACGAGAGUACAACUUCGGACAAAACAAUGUGUGGUCAUCUUCUCAAGCCGCUGUUCAUUGGAAGGUCGCUUAAUUUACUUCUCGGAGAGCGACUGUUUGGUAUCAUUAAUCUUCGACUAAAACAUGGGUUUUCAUGGACAGGGGCAGAGCUCUUCUUCCAGACCAAUCAAGGCAGGAUUUACGCCAGCUCUGAGAUCUCUUCCGAGGAGCACUAUCAGUCCGACUGCUGGGCCACUUCGACGCCAGAAAUCCUUGUGGCUGACCAUAUGACUGAACUGGAUCACAAUAUCUCUAAUAUGUCUUUGCCUCUUCUUGCUAUCCAAUUUACCCUGCGACAUUUUAUCAAGUGCACAGAAUUCUGCCUGGUUUGUCACUGCAAGACUGGUGAUACCUUUGAGUCACUGAAGCCUUAUGUCUGCUCCAACGCGUUGUGUCUGUAUCAAUACAUGGCGCUGGACUUGGGCCCAAGCCUUGAAUAUGAGAUUCGCUCUCAACCCUUUGUCGUUGACUUGUUGACCAGCCUGGCAUACUCGAGGGCUUCAUCGGGGCUCCUUGAAGACUUCCCGACUGGUCUUCGGCUGCGCGUGCCCGAAAAGCUACUCCCUCAAAAAACCCCAGAUCUUACUACAUAUCAUACUGGGCAAUUUGAUGCAGCUAAUCUUGAAAUUCAGUUGAAUCAGCCAGCUCCGGUCAAAGUAGGUGAUUGGAUCGUCCUCAUCAUUACGGUCCCAGAGGCAGAAGAAUGGCACUGUCGCAUUAAACACGUCGGUGAGACCUCAAAUCAUAUUCGCAUCUCACCUCCAAUUAGCAAAGACCGUCAAUUGCAGCCAAAAGACCUGCGGGCUCCACCUCGGCAAGUGAAAAUUGUUGUUUACGACACCAAUCUGGACGAUUUGGCACCCGUACAAAAACAACAUAUGAUUUCUUGUCUAUUAGGCAUGCUCCCUGGUAUUAAGGAAAUGAAGGCCUUCAUUGGAAGCCACGAAAGUGGCAAGCUUCUUUCAUCAUGGAGGGACGUCAUAUCUCCUGCUGGAUUGGAUCUUUUACGCUGGGUUGUAGCCUCAAAUCGAUCUUUCAUCAAGCAAGAUGACGACAACCCUCGACACCAGGUAGUCGGAAUGAGCGGUUACAUCCAAUUCAGACUUGUUCAAGGUGCUGCGGACAAAGAGCAGCGCUUUAUCAACGCGGUCAAUUCCAACUCCUUGGCCCAGAACCCAAAUCAUCCUACGAUUUUCGCUUGGCAUGGCAGCCCUGUGAAUAAUUGGCACAGCAUUCUACGCGAGGGGUUUCAUUUCAAGCAAAUUCUCCAUGGUCGCGCCUGUGGCCAUGGAGUUUACAUGUCGAACCACUUCCAUACCUCAUUGGGAUACACUGGCACACAUAUUCUUUCCACUUGGUCUGAGACUCGACUGAAGCUCUCGACGGUGAUUUCUCUCAAUGAGGUAGUCAAUGCUCCCCAUAAAUUUGUGAACCACAGCCCACACUACGUCGUGCAACACUUAGAUUGGAUCCAACCAAGGUAUCUGUUCGUCAGGCUCCAAGAUCUCAACGUACCUGGUAUGGCAGAUAGAACUGGUGGAUCCACGUACGGGAGUACGCCAAAGAGCUACAAAUCCCAGUCAUCAUCCCACAACAAUGAUGAAAGCCAUUUAUACAAACAAGAUCAGCGUUACCUGGCUUUGGGCCCCAACGGACUGUCGGUCAAAAUUCCUAUCUCGGUAUUUAGCGGCCCACGGGGGGAGUUUCUUCGUAUUGCUAGAGAAGCAGGGCUUGCAGACCUUGCGCCGUCAUCCAAGAGGCGCAAAUAUUCAGUUGGAAAUACUGAGCAACAUGAAAACGAUGACGACUACGACAACGCUAGCAUUGAGACGACCUUAGAGGAUCUCAACAUUCUUCUAUCUGACGAUGAAAUGUCUGAAAGUUCUCCAGGUCCCAGCAUGCAAGGAGCUAUCCCAGAACUUGCCCUCAAGACUGAUUUCCGACCCGGAACCCUACAGGACAGUAUUUUGCCUACACUUUCUUCGCCUCGGUUUGCGACGACCUCGGGCACAAAAGUCCUACAGCAGCAUCUCCAGGCUACCAUCAAAAUCCAGGAGCGAGUGCCACUCCACGAGCUCGGGUGGUACGUUGACCCCAGCUUGAUCACAACAGUCUAUCAAUGGGUCGUGGAGCUACACACGUUUGAUCCAUCCCUCCCACUAGCACAAGACCUCAAAGCCAUCAACCAAAAAAGCGUCGUCAUGGAGUUUCGCUUCCCCCCUCAAUUCCCCAUGGAUCCACCCCUUGUACGGGUGAUCCGCCCUCGUUUCCUCGAGUUCGCUGCUGGAGGCGGCGGCCACGUUACCGCUGGUGGCUCUAUGUGUAUGGAACUGCUUACCCACUCGGGCUGGCUACCGACGGCUUCAAUUGAGAGUGUGUUGUUGCAGGUUCGCAUGGCUAUCACCAACACCGAUCCAAGACCCGCGCGUCUGAAUAUCAACGCACGUCACAUGGACUAUUCAGUGGGCGAGGCGGUCGAAGCCUACAGAAGAGUUGCGUUGGCGCAUGGAUGGCAGAUCUCGAAGGAUAUUCAGAAACUUGCCUGGUGA